AUGUUUCGCAUCACAAGUGGUGUUAUUUUGGCUGUAUGCGCUAUAUGCGCAUCCCAGCCAGUGGAGAAGUUGCCAAUUUUGAAAGAACUUCCACAAGAAGUUCUUUUUAAAGAGAACUCCGAGCUCGUGCUAGAAUGUGUGACUGUUGACAAAGAUCCCGGUGUACAGUAUUCAUGGAUCAAAGAUGGUAAGCCUUUGGCUCUUAGCUCCAACAUAGUCCAACGUGAGAACGAGGGGACCCUUGUUUUCAAAAAACCCUCAACGAAAGACGAAGGAGAAUACAUAUGCUUAGCGCAAACCAAUUUAGGGGUUGCCAGUUCCAGAACUGUCAACGUCAGACGUACAUACAUCGAGAUCCCCGACGUCACCAUCCAAAAACAUAAACCACUUGAAGGAAAAUACUACAAACUCGACUGUCACAUUCCAAAUGCCUAUCCUAAGCCAGAAAUAGUGUGGUUAUACCAAUCUAUUGCAGACCCAAGUAUUUCUAGGACAAUUUUGGACAGACGUAUAACUCAGUCCCCUGGCGGUACAUUAUACUUCACGAAUGUGACAAAAGAGGAUACAAGUCGGGAGAAUAAAUAUGUAUGUACGGCCAAGUCUUUAGCAGUUGACAAAGAUGUUGUUUUAGCAGAGCAUAUAAUAGAAAGCGUGGUACCAAGCGAUGAUGACAACUCCGCAUUGAUGCCUCUGUACGUGAGUCCAGAUAUGAUCGCAAAAGUGAAUGACGUUACAAUGAUUUAUUGUAUAUAUGGUGGCACUCCACUGGCAUACCCCGACUGGUACAAAGACGGUAAGAACACUAACAACAACCCACAAGAGCGGGUGACCCGCUACAACAGAACCAGUGGGAAGCGACUCCUCAUCAAAGAAACAUGGGCUUCCGACCAGGGAGAGUACACUUGCAUCGUGGACAAUGAAGUCGGGGAACCCCAGAAACAUACCAUGCAUCUUACUGUUGUCAGUUCCCCCCAACUUUUAGAGCACGCUGAACAAAAAUUGCUUGUAAAAGUUGGUGACCACGUCUCCAUCCCCUGUCACGUGGCUGGGAUACCAGCACCAAAAAUAUCUUUGACCCGAAAUAAUCAAGCUUUACCUUCUAAUGCGGUUUUAAAUGAAUCCACACAUGGCAACAUUACCGUAUCUGACAUUACUAUACAGAGUGUUCAGAAAGACAACACCGGUUAUUAUGGUUGUAGAGCUCGUAAUGAAUAUGGAGAGGUCUAUGUGGAAACUUUACUGUACGUGCAG